AUGUCUUCUCAGGGCGCUCAGGACAGUAUCGUCAUCGUCGGUGCAGGAAUCAUUGGCCUCGAUGUAGCACUUGUCCUCUCCGAAAGAGGCUACGGGCGAUCUAUUACAGUUGUCGCUGAGUAUCUACCUGGAGACACAGCACUAUCUUAUACAUCCCCAUGGGCGGGAUGUAAUUUCUCGGCCAUCUCGGGCACCGAUGCCAACGCUCUGAAAUGGGAUCGGGCGGGAUACUCUCAUCUGAGCAAGCUUGCCUCCGAAAAGCCAGAAUACACAUUUGUGCAGAGGACACCAUCGACUGAGCUUUGGGAUGACAAUGUUCCUCAUGAUAAGAUCAAGGCUAUGUCGGAAUAUCUGGAAGAUUUCCGAACCCUCCCAGCUGAUGAGCUGCCAGAGGGUGUCAAAUUUGCCGCGUCUUUCACAACUCUGACCGUGAACGCGCCAAAGCAUCUCCUCUACCUGUACAACAGGCUAAAGCAGGACUACGGCGUCCGCUUCAUUAGACAGAAGCUCCCCAACCUCAGUGCAGCAUUUUCAAGCCAGUCAACACACGUCGUUUUCAACUGCAUUGGAAACGCGGCCAAGACCUUCCCUGGAGUUGAGGACCCCAAAUGCUACCCAACCCGUGGACAGGUUCUCUUGGCGCUCGCGCCCGACGUGCAGACAAACAUGAUGAAGCACGGAAGGGAUUAUGAGACUUAUGUAAUUCCCCGGCCAUUCUCAAAGGGGCACGUCAUUCUCGGCGGCUACAUGCAGAAAGGAAACGGCGAUGGUGCCACCUACUCUUACGAAACGCAGUCUAUCCUGGACCGCACUUCAGAGCUGAGUCAAGAGGUCAAGGAGGGCACUCCAGAGGUCCUCGCGGCAUUCUCCGGCCUGCGUCCCUCACGUGAAGGCGGCACACGAGUUGAAAGGCAGGAACUGUCCAUUGCUGGCCAGACGAGAACUGUCGUCCACAACUACGGAGCCGGAGGAACUGGCUUCCAAGCCGGCUACGGAAUGGCAUUGGAUGCUGUAAAUAUUGCUGAGGACUUGCUUUCCCAUGUUCAGAGAGGACUCCACUCAAAGCUGUGA